AUGAUGCUGCAGGUUUUACUGGCCAUUUUGGCAGUGACCCUGACGGUUAAUUAUCUGCUGGUACGGCGAAACCUGAAGUACGGCAAACACAUCCCAGGUCCGAUUCCGCUCCCGAUCGUGGGCUGCUUCUAUCUGUACAUCAACCUGAAGCCGGAAGAUAUAAUCGAUUUCGUGUCCAACCUAAAGAAUAAAUAUGGAAACUUGUUCCGAGUGUGGAUUGGGAAUCGGUUGGCUCUGUUCUGUACCAACGUAAAGUACAACGAAAUCGUACUAAGCAGUCAAAAGCUCCUGCGGAAAAGUGAACUGUACAAGUUUCUCGUGCCCUGGCUGGGCGACGGGCUGCUGCUGAGCACCGGGCAGAAGUGGUUCGCUAAGCGGAAAAUUCUUACACCGGCAUUUCACUUCAAAAUUCUUGACCAGUUCAUCGAGGUGUUCCACAAGCAGAGCGCGGUGCUCGUCGAACGGCUCAGACCGGAAGCAACGGGUUCGCUGGUCAACAUCUAUCCGUAUGUGACGCUGGCGGCACUGGAUAUCAUUUGCGAAACGGCAAUGGGCACCUCGAUCAACGCGCAAACCGAUACGGAGUCGGAAUACGUUAAGGCCAUCACGGAGCUUAGUCUGGUGCUGACGGGGCGCUUCGUGAAGGUGUGGCAGCGGGUGGAUUUUCUGUUCAAUCUGUCCGCCGACCGGAAGCGUCAGGAUAGAAUCAUCCGCGUGCUGCACGCGUUCACGACGAAGAUUAUUCAAUCGCGACGACAGGAGCUGAUGGCACGGGAGGCAAACAAGGGCCCCGGGGAUGCGGACGAGGAUGGUGCCGACAUUGGUAGCAAGCGUCGGAUGGCUUUCCUGGAUGUGUUACUACAGGCCACGAUCGAUGGGCGUCCGCUGACGGAUAGGGAGAUACAGGAGGAGGUGGAUACGUUUAUGUUCGAGGGCCACGAUACGACGACGAUCGCGAUCUCGUUCACCCUGCUACUGCUUGCCCGCCAUCCGGAGGUGCAGGAAAAGGUGUUCCAAGAAGUGGUAGACAUCGUGGGCAACGAUCCGCACGCACCGGUCAGCCAUCGUAAUCUGCAGGACAUGAAGUAUCUGGAGAUGGUCAUAAAGGAAUCGCUUCGAUUGUACCCUCCGGUGCCGAUUAUCGCUCGUCGUUUCACCGAGGAUGUCGACUUGGGAGGCAAAACGGUACCAGAGGGAUCGAAUUUCAACAUUGGUAUAAUGCACAUGCACCGUGAUCCGGCCGUGUUUUCCGAUCCGGAACGUUUUGAUCCGGAGCGGUUUGCGCCAGACCGCACGAUGGAGCAGACGAGUCCGUACGCUUACGUCCCGUUCAGUGCGGGGCCUCGUAAUUGUAUAGGACAAAAGUUUGCGAUGCUUGAAUUGAAAAGUACCAUUUCGAAGGUAAUACGUCACUUAAGCUGACUUCGGCCGGCCCGGAGCCGAAGCUAACGAUGCAGCUGACACUGA